GGGAUGCAGGUGGGAGCUGCUGAAUUCUCCCAUGAGCCCGAUGAGGACGUGAACGCAGCACAAGUGAAAGUGAAACUUUGGUUGAAGGUUUGGACGAGCCGCGAACACGAGGCUCAUCAUCAUCAUUAAUGUUGGACUUAUGUCCCACCGUCAUGAUCUAGAAGAGCUGCACACGUUCGGACGUCAGGAGAGGAUUUCUGUUUGAUCUUUGAGUCCAAGAAGAAACAAGGAAAGGAAGAAAGAAAUUCGACAUUAUGAAACGAAUUUCCGCUUCUACUAUGAGAGACUGGGUGGAGGAAGAGGAGGGCAGAGCAGAGUCUGCAGUGUCCAGCUGUCUGUCCAUGAAGAGCGACUGGUCUAAAGAUCAUCCUCCAGACUUAAGUGAUGGACCUGGAGCUUCACACACAAAAGGUUCCUACCACAGAGCAGAGUCUGCAGUGUUCAGCUGUCUGUCCAUGAAGAGCGACUGGUCUAAAGAUCAUCCUCCAGACUUAAGUGAUGGACCUGGAGCUUCACACACAAAAGGUUCCUACCACAGAGCAGAGUCUGCAGUGUUCAGCUGUCUGUCCAUGAAGAGCGACUGGUCUAAAGAUCAUCCUCCAGACUUAAGUGAUGGACCUGGAGCUUCACACACAAAGGACAGGAGGAGGAGUCGAGGUGAUGUGAAGGAGCAGCUGUCCUGCUGUGCUUUGUGUCAGGAGCUCCUGAGGGAUCCAGUCUCCACCAGCUGUGGACAUUGGUUCUGCAGACGGUGCAUCACCUCAUACUGGGACCAGUCUGAUCCAUCAAGAGAUCCUGCCUGUCCCCAGUGUGGAAAAAGAUCCAGAACAAGACCUGGACUGCAGACAUCCAGUCAAACCAGCACAGUGGACGGCGGUCUGCAGGAGGUUUUAGACGAGCAUAAGAUCAGGCUGAGGAGGAGAUGUGAAUUUGUGACAGAAGGAACUGCUGCAGCAGGAAGUGGAACCCCCCUCAACAGGAUUUACAUUGAGCUCUACAUCACAGAGGGACUGAGGGAAGGGGUUAAUACCCAACAUGAGGUGUGGCAGCUGGAGACAACAUCCAAGAUGGAGACCCUCCAUGACACUCCAAUCAGGUGCCAGGACAUCUUUAAACCCUUAGCUGGCCAAGACACACACAUCAGAGUAGUUGUGACGCAGGGCGUUGCUGGCAUUGGAAAAACCUUCUCAGUGCAGAAGUUCACUCUGGACUGGGCAGAGGGCUUGGAAAACCAACAUAUCAGUCUCGUGGUUCUGCUUUCAUUCCGGGAGCUGAACUUGAUCAAAGAUGAGCGCUACAGUCUUCUCCAGCUGCUCCGUGUUUUCCAUCCAACAUUACAGACGGUCACAGCAGAGAAGCUGGCCGUCUGUAAAGUCGUGUUCAUCUUUGACGGCCUGGAUGAAAGCAGGUUUUUAUUGGAUUUCCAGAACAAUGAGGUUGUGUCUGAUGUCACACAAACAUCAUCAGUAGAUGUGCUGUUGAUAAACCUCAUCAGGGGGAAUCUGCUUCCCUUGGCUCUCCUCUGGAUAACUUCCAGACCUGCAGCGGCCAAUCAGAUCCCUCCUGCAUAUUUCGACAGGGUAACAGAAGUCCGAGGGUUUACUGACCUCCAGAAGGAGGAGUACUUCAGGAGGAGAUCCAGUGAUGAGGAGCUGUGCAGCAGAAUCAUCUCACACAUCAAGGCGUCCAGGAGCCUCCACAUCAUGUGCCACAUCCCAGUCUUCUGCUGGAUCACUGCUACAGUUCUGGAGCACAUGUUGACUACAGACCAGAGAGGAGAGCUGCCCAAGAGCCUGACUGACAUGUACUCACACUUCCUGCUGGUUCAGACACAGAGGAAGAAGCACAAGUACAAUGAGAGACAUGACAGGAGUCAGCAGGAGCUGAUGGAGACUGACAGGGAAGUUCUUCUGAAGCUGGGCAGGCUGGCGUUUGAACAUCUGGAGAAAGGCCACCUGAUGUUCUACCAAGAAGACCUGGAGGAGUGUGGUCUUGAUGUCAGAGAGGCCUCGGUGUACUCAGGAGUGUGCACAGAGAUCUUCAAAACAGAGUGUGUGCUCUUCCAGAGAAAAGUCUACUGCUUUGUUCAUUUGAGCAUUCAGGAGUUUCUUGCAGCAGUCUACAUCUUCCACUGCUACACCAACAGGAACACAGAGGUACUGGCCAGAGUCAUGAGAACACACAAGAAUAAAGGUGUUGACAGUGAGCCAUCGUUGGAUAUCUUCCUGAAGACAGUCAUGUCUGAAGCCCUGCAGAGCAAAAAUGGUCACCUGGACCUCUUUGUCCGUUUCCUUCAUGGCUUCUCACUGGAGUCCAACCAGAGGCUCUUAGGAGGCCUGCUGGGUCGGACAAAGAGCAGACCAGAAGACAUCAAGAGAGUAAUCAAAAAUCUGAAGGAGAUGAACACUGAAGAUAUCUCUCCUGACAGAAGCAUCAACAUCUUCCCCUGUUUGAUGGAGAUGAACGACCUCUCAGUACAUCAGGAUAUCCAAGAGUUCCUGAAGUCAGAGAACAGAUCAGAGAAGAAACUCUCUUUGAUCCACUGCUCAGCUCUGGCCUACAUGCUGCAGAUGUCAGAGGAGGUUCUGGAUGAGUUGGACCUGAAGGCGUACAACACAUCAGAUGAGGGACGAUGGAGACUGAUCCCAGCUGUGAGGAACUGCAGGAAGGCUCGACUGAGUGACUGCAGGUUGACAGAGAGCAGCUGUGCUUCUCUGGCCUCGGCUCUGAAGUCCAACCCCCAUCUGACAGAGCUGGACCUGAGUGAGAACAAGCUGCAGGAUUCAGGAGUGGAGCUGCUGUCUGCUGGACUGGAGAGUCCAAACUGCAGACUGGAGACUCUCAGAUUGAGGAGCUGCAGGUUGUCAGAGAGCAGCUGUGCUUCUCUGGCCUCGGCUCUGAAGUCCAACCCCCAUCUGACAGAACUGGACCUGAGUGAGAACUGGCUGCAGGAUUCAGGAGUGAAGCUGCUGUCUGGUCUGGUGGAGAGUCCAAACUGCAGACUGAAGACUCUCAGAUUGAGGAGCUGCAGGUUGUCAGAGAGCAGCUGUGCUUCUCUGGCCUCGGCUCUGAAGUCCAACCCCCAUCUGACAGAGCUGGACCUGAGUGAGAACAAGCUGCAGGAUUCAGGAGUGGAGCUGCUGUCUGGUCUGGUGGAGAGUCUACACUGCAGCCUGAAGACUCUCAGAUGCCUGUAAUCUCACACUGGAUCCAAACACAGUGGUGUUGACGGUGACGAGGGUGAGCGAGCGGCAGCCGUAUCCUCAUCAGCCAGACACUUCAGACCAUCUUCAGAGUCACUCAGUCACUUCAGAGUCACUGAGAGAAGGAAGAAGAGCAAAUAGUGUGCGCGCAUUGGGUGUUUCGACUCCCUUAAAAUUUUACACAAUCUCACAAUCUCAAAUAUUAUCAUGAAAUAUUUGUGGAAAAAUCUUUUUUGUUUCAAAAGGUGUGGCUGCAUUAGUCAGAUAUAAACAAAUACGAAUUAUAUUUUUUGUUUAUUGUGUGACGGCCUCCUGCCUCUAGGGCCUGCUGUUGUGUUCUGUGUACCCUUGUGUUUAUUGUUUAUUGUUUAUUGUUUAUUGUUGAUCCCCAUU